AUUCCUUCCCUCCCUGAGCACGAUGUCAGAGCAAUAUGUCCUCCGUGUGAAUAUGUUGAAUCGACUAAAGCACUAAAGAACCUAAAGGUUUACUGUCUUAUCUGCACGAGAGACACUCUGAACUGCCUGAACUUCAGCUGCAGUAUCGACUCCACUCUUUAACACAAACAUGGCCAGCAACUUAGGAAGCAGCAGAACAAAUGAUGGGGAGCUGAGGAUAGUGAUGGUGGGGAAGACUGGGAAUGGGAAGAGUGCCUCUGGAAACACCAUUCUGGGACAAAAGCGCUUUAUAUCAAAGUGCAGUGGCGAAUCUAUGACUCUCAAAUGUUCCAAGGGCAAAGCUGUGGUGGAUGGGCAACAGGUUGCUGUUAUCGACACCCCGGGCCUCUUUGACACCAGGUUUGACAAGGAGAAAACAACUAAAGAUCUCAUCCACUGCAUCACUUCUGCUUCUCCUGGACCCCAUGUGUUCCUGGUAGUCAUCGGGGUGGGCAGAUACACUGCAGAGGAAAAGGAGACAGUGCAGAGAAUUCAAGAAAUCUUUGGCCAGGCUGCAGCCAAAUACAGCAUGGUGCUCUUUACUCAGGGUGACCGUCUUAAAGACACAUCUAUUGAGGAGUUCUUGGACGGUUGCUCAGACCUGCUGGAACUUGUGGACAGAUGUAAUGGCCAGUACCAUGUCUUCAAUAAUGAGAAUCCAAAGGAUCGCUCUCAGGUCACUGUGCUGCUCCAGAAGAUCAGAGAUGUAGUCCGGAAGAAUGGAGGAAGCCACUACACCAACGAGAUGUUCAUUGAGGCAGAAAGGGCAAUCAAAGAGGAGACACAACGCAUCCUGAAAGAGAAAGAAGAGCAAAUACACAAAGAGAAUGAGGAACUGGAGAGGAAACUACGGGAAAAAUAUGAAAAAAAGAAUGAAGAGGCUGAGAGAGAGAGGAAAGAAAGAGAGAAGGAAAUGAAGAGGAGGGAUGAGGACAGAGAGAGGGAGAGAGAGAAGGAGAGGAAAGAGAGAGAGCAGGAGAGGAAGAGGGAGCGGGAGCGGAGUGCUGAGCAGAGAGAGGGGGAGGGGAAAGAGAGAAGGGAAGAAAUGAAGAGGGAGAGCCAGAGGAUGUAUGAGGAGAGGGAGAGGGAGAGCCAGAGGAUGUCAGGUCUAGGACAUUAA